CCCGCCCCUCCAGCUGGGGCUUUAACACCUCCCGCGCACGUGGAGCGGAGCCGCGGUUGCUGCUGCCAGCGUGCGGAUAACGCGCCGGCCGGGCAGGCGGACCGCGCGAUGCUGCGAGGCGGACAGCGCGGGCGGCCCCGCUGGCACCGCCGAGCCACCGCGCUGGGCAGCCUGCUGGCUUGGCUGAUGCUAGCAUCGGUGGGCGCCACCUCCUGCCCGGAUGUCUGCUGCCCCAUUGGCCCCACCGGGCUCCGCUGCACCAGGGCUUCGCCCCUACAGAGCCUCCGCGACCUGCCGGUCACCGAGAACCUGACAGAACUUUAUGUGGAGAACCAGCAACAUCUGCAGCAUCUGGAGCUCCGUGACCUGCAGGGCCUGGGCGAACUGAGAAACCUCACCAUCGUGAAGAGUGGUCUCCGUUCCGUGGCGCCAGAUGCCUUCUGUUCCACUCCUCAGCUCAGUCGCUUGAACCUGUCCUUCAAUGCUCUGGAGUCUCUGUCCUGGAGAGCCACGCGGGGCCUGUCCUUACAGGAGCUGGUCCUGUCUGGGAAUCCCCUGCGUUGCUCCUGCGCCCUGCACUGGCUGUGGCGCUGGGCGGAGGAGGGGCUGGGCGGAGUGCGCACACAGGGCCUGAGCUGCCUGGGGCCUGGGAACAAGAGCCUGCCACUAGGCCACAACACCAGCUGCGGUGUGCCCAUGCUGCAGGUGCAGGUGUCCAAUGCUUCUGUGGAUGUGGGGGACAACGUGCUGCUGCGUUGCCAUGUGCAGGGCCGGGACCUGCAGCAGGCCGGCUGGAUCCUCUCAGAAGUGGAGGAGUCGGCCACGGUGAUGAAAUCUGGGGAUCUGCCGUCCUUGGAGCUGACCUUGACCAAUGUCACCCGUGACCUCAACAGGAAGAACGUGACCUGCUGGGCUGAGAAUGACGUGGGCCGGGCUGAGGUCUCCGUCCAGGUCAACGUCUCCUUCGCCGCCAGCGUGAAGCUGGUGAAGGCGGUGGAGCAGCACCACUGGUGCAUCCCCUUCUCCGUGGACGGCCAGCCGGCGCCCUCCCUGCGCUGGCUCUUCAACGGCUCCGUGCUCAACGAGACCGGCUUCAUCUUCACCCAGUUCCUGGAGUCGGCGCCCAAUGAGACGGCGCGCCACGGCUGCCUGCGCCUCAACCAGCCCACGCACGUCAACAACGGCAACUACACGCUGCUGGCCGCCAACCCCCUGGGCCAGGCCUCCGACUCCAUCAUGGCGGCCUUCAUGGAGAACCCCUUCCAGUUCAACCCCGAGGACCCCAUCCCCGUUUCCUUCCCGCCCGUGGACACUAACAGCACGUCUGGACACCCAGUGGAGAAGAGAGACGACACGCCUUUCGGGGUCUCCGUGGCCGUGGGGCUGGCUGUCUUUGCCUGCCUCUUCCUGUCCGCCCUGCUCCUCGUGCUUAACAAAUGUGGACAGAGAAACAAGUUCGGGAUCAACCGCCCUGCCGCGCUGGCUCCGGAGGACGGGCUGGCCAUGUCCCUGCAUUUCAUGACCCUGGGGGGCAGUUCGCUUUCCCCUGCUGAGGGCAAAGGCUCUGGGCUGCAAGGCCACAUCAUCGAGAACCCACAGUACUUCAGCAACACCUGUGUCCACCACAUCAAGCGCCGGGACAUCGUGCUCAAGUGGGAGCUGGGCGAGGGUGCCUUCGGGAAGGUCUUCCUCGCCGAGUGCCACAGCCUGCUGCCUGAGCAGGACAAGAUGCUGGUGGCCGUCAAGGCCCUGAAGGAGGUGUCCGAGAGUGCCCGGCAGGACUUCCAUCGUGAGGCCGAGCUGCUCACCAUGCUGCAGCACCAGCACAUCGUGCGCUUCUUCGGGGUGUGCACCGAGGGCCGCCCGCUGCUGAUGGUCUUUGAGUACAUGCGGCAUGGGGACCUCAAUCGCUUCCUCCGGUCCCAUGGGCCUGAUGCCAAGCUGCUGGCUGGCGGGGAGGACGUGGCUCCGGGUCCCCUAGGCCUCGGCCAGCUGCUGGCGGUGGCCAGCCAGGUGGCGGCAGGCAUGGUGUACCUGGCCAGCCUGCACUUCGUGCACCGUGACCUGGCCACACGCAACUGUCUGGUGGGCCAGGGUCUGGUGGUGAAGAUCGGGGACUUUGGCAUGAGCAGGGACAUCUACAGCACCGACUACUACCGCGUGGGAGGUCGCACCAUGCUGCCCAUCCGCUGGAUGCCGCCCGAGAGCAUUCUCUACCGGAAGUUCACCACUGAGAGCGAUGUGUGGAGCUUUGGCGUGGUGCUCUGGGAGAUCUUCACCUACGGCCAGCAGCCCUGGUACCAGCUUUCCAAUGCCGAGGCGAUCGAGUGCAUCACACAGGGCCGUGAGCUGGAGCGGCCGCGCACCUGCCCGCCAGAAGUCUACGCCAUCAUGCGGGGCUGCUGGCAGCGGGAGCCCCAGCAGCGCUGCAGCAUCAAGGACGUGCACGCCCGGCUGCAGGCGCUGGCACAGGCACCUCCCGUCUACCUGGACGUGCUGGGUUAGGGGCUGCCCGGGGCUGCCCACGCCCCCGGUCAAUCUCAGCGUCAGCUCGCCCUCAGCAUGCGAGAGGGAACAGGUGCGCUGGGAAGAGGGCUGUUCCUGCUUCUCCAGGCGAAGUCCCAGC